AUGCCCCACCGCGCCCUCGCGCUUCUCGUUGCCGGCCUCGCCCUCGUCUCGCUCGCGCAAGCCGCCUCGCCGGCGACCGAUACGGCCGACAUCUUCUUGCCCGACGACUCGGCGCGCCAGCAUGCAGCCCGCCCCGUCGUCUAUACCGCCUCGUCCGAGCCGACCGCACCCUCCCUCCUCGACGACGACGCCGAAGCCCCGCUCGAGCCCGCCUCGGACCGCAUCCCCCUCCCCUUCCGCCUGCCGCACGGGCCGCGCCGCCUCAAGCGCUCGACCGCCGCCGACCUCGUCGCGUUCCCCGAGCUCGAGCGCCGCGCAGAGCCCAACCGCGCCGCGCUCGCGUCGUCGAUACGCGCGUCGCGUUCGGCCGCACAGGCUGCUGCGGCGGCGGCCGGCGGCGGGUCGCCCUCCUCGGCGGUCGCGCCCGCGCCGGCCGUGCCCGAGACGACGACGACGGCGCAGCUCCCCGGGAGCGAGGGCGUCGUGAGCACCGGCCUGCUCACGCGCGCGACGGCCUCGGCGCCUCCGUCUGCGGCAGCGUCGGCGACGUCGGCGCCGGUCGAGUCGGACGCGGCGAGCGACAGCGCCGAGGGAGGAGCAGGGGGCGCGACGGUGACGGCUUUCGAGACGGCGAGCACGGGCGUCGUCGUGACGUCGUUCGCGAGUGCGUCGGCCGGGACGCUCGAGAGCGCGCUCGAGGGCAGCUCGAGCGCCUCGUCCGAGCCGGCGACCGCGCUCGUCAACGCGGCGGCGCGCGCGAGCGCGGUGUCGCGGGCCGGCGUUGGCGUCGCUGCGGCGGGAGCGCUCGGGGCGCUCAUGCUGCUGCGCUGA